GCGAUGCUGCUCUUCUCUUCGUCACUGCAGCCGCCACUUCGCGUCCCCACCACACAUCUCCGUCACUCUUUGGGUGCGUGUGUGUGUGUGUGUGUGUGUGCGGCUACGCGCGGGCAUCGCCCACUCAUGGUGGGGAACUGACACCGCCUCGUUGCGGUGGCAUGUUGUGCCGCAAUCUGCUCAGGCGAGAAGGGGCAGAGCACACGAGGCGGCCGCCCACCCGCAAGGAGGAGGAGGAGGAGGGGCGCCGCCGCAGUGCCCGCCACGACGCAAACACACAGGGCGCCCAGCACGUGAACUCCGCGAGGGGACGUUUUGCCACGCGACUUCGACCGCACGGGGCGCAGCCGGCGAAGGCGGGAGCAGCCGUGCUGUAG